AUGUCAGCUGCUGACGUGCACAGUAUUUUGUAUCGCGGUGAAGAUCCGCUUAAAAAGAAAUUUGUGCCGAAAAAUGAACAAAAAAAAGUCGUUAAUAGACUGUGGCCAGGCAAAGCGCCAGAGUGGGCUGGGGCCCACUCUGGCUCUGACUCUGAGGGGGGCGAUGAAGGCUCCGAUAAAGAGAUGGUGGCGGUGAAGCAGCUGCGUAUGAGUAGCGUGCUAGCAGCAGAUAGAAGAUUACACAGACUUGCUGCUGCUGCUACUGCUGCUGCUGCUGCUGCUAAUGCUGCUGCUGCUGGUACACAUACAGAAAGAAGACGCAGAGAAGCUUUCGUUAUACAAUCCGAAAAAGAGCGCCGGAGGGUAGAGAAGGGCAUAGAAGACUCUGACGAUGAGAGAGAAGAAGAAGAAGAAGAAGAGGAAGCAGCAGCAGCAGCAGCAGCAGCAGGAGAUGCAGCAGCAGCAGCAGCAGCAGCAGGAGGGGUUCUUGAUAGAGAAGAGCUGCGUGCAGCAGUAUUAGCAAAGAGAAAGAAAGAAGAGAAGCUGCUGCAGCAGCAGCAGCAGCAGCAGCAGCAGCAAGAAGAGGAAGAAGAAGAAACAGAAGAAUCAGAGUAUAGUGAUCUAUCUGCUGAUGAAGAGCAGCAAACUAAUCUUAUUCUACAUAAACCGACGUUCGUUCCUAAGGCGAACCGAACGACGAUAUUUGAGAGAGAGGCGCAGCAGCGGAAGGAGCAGCAGCAGCAGCAGCAGCAGCAGCAGCUGCAGCAAGACCGCAAGCUAGAGACAAAACAAAUGGUUUAUGCUGUAUUAGCCAGAGAAGAUGAAGCAGCAGCAGAUGCACCCGUCGUUCCUGUUGAAGCACAAAAGCAGCAGCAGCAGCAGCAGCAGCAGCAGCAGCAGCAGCAGCUCAGCGAUGGGGAGACAGAUAUGCCGGAUGAUACAGAUGGUAUCGACCCUGCUCAAGAGUAUGAAGACUGGAAGCUGCGUGAGUUGGAGCGGAUAAGAAGAGACAAAGAAGCAGACAUGGAGAGAGAGAAAUUCUUGGAGGCGGUUGAGAGGAGGAGACAAAUGACAGAAGAAGAAAGAAGAGAAGACGAUAAAGAAUUAGAUAAAAUGCAACCAAAAAGAGAAAUCAGACACAAAUAUAACUUCAUGCAAAAAUACUAUCACAGGGGUGCUUUCUUCCAAGACUUGGCGCGCAGUGGAGAAGAACCAAUUUACCUCCGCGACUUCAACGCACCCGUUGGUGAAGACGCAGUGGACAAGAAAGCAUUGCCGAAGAUAUUGCAGCUGCGGCGAGGAGAGCUGGCGAGAGGAGGCCGCACAAAACACACACAUUUGGUGGAUGUGGAUACUUCAGAUUUAUCUCAUCCAUGGGCGCAGGCAACACGAGACCUUCAGGGGUACAAACUCCUCAAGAAAGCUGCAGAGUGCAUGCAGUAUUCAGAUUCUUGCGAGUAUCAUGCAUGA